AUGGGAAAGGAUCAAUAUGACGAUUUAAUAUAUCCAGACUAUCAGAGGAGAAAAUUAGGAUUGACGAAGAAACAGAUAGAAUAUCUGACAUCAAUCUAUGCUACAAACAAAAAACCAACAGCAUACUACAGAUUUCAAAUAGCUCAGAAACUUGGAGUUCCAGAAGAUAAAGUAAAAAACUGGUUCCAAAAUAGACGUGCAAAAGACAGACGGCUGUCCAGACAAAGCUCCGCAGAAGGCGUUGGCGAGUCGGAUAUUGGAAAUCCUCACAGAAUAUAUCCCGGAUGUAAUGAUUUGUAUCGAAGACGAAAGCCAAGAUAA